ACGUGGGCCGCGCCAGCCAAUAGGCGCACGCCUCGGUGUCGAACCCGGCCUGCGGGGCGCGGGUCGAGCAGUUGGUGGCGGCGGAGCGAGAGCGCUCGGGACCGAGGACCGGCCAUGGAGCGCGAAGUCCAGCGAUUGCGCGCCGCGUUCCAGGCGGGCCGAUCGCGCCCUCUGGCCUUCCGGCUGCAGCAGCUCCAGGCCCUGCGCAGGAUGGUGCAGGAGCGCGAGGAGGACCUGCUGGCGGCCAUCGCCGCGGAUCUGAGCAAGAGCAAACUCAAUGCCUACAGCCAAGAAGUCCUUACCAUUCUUGGGGAAAUUGAUCUGGCGCUGGAGAAGCUUCCCGAAUGGGCUGCAGCUAGGCCAGCAGAGAAGAACCUGCUAACCAUGCUUGACGAGGCCUAUGUCCAGCCAGAGCCCCUGGGUGUCGUGCUGAUCAUUGGAGCGUGGAACUACCCCUUGGUUCUCUCCAUCCAGCCUCUGAUAGGAGCCAUCGCUGCAGGAAACGCGGUGAUUAUCAAGCCUUCCGAAAUCAGCGAAAAUACAGCCAAGAUCGUGGCGAAGCUCCUCCCCCAGUAUUUAGACCAGGACCUGUACGCUGUCAUCAACGGCGGCGUCGAGGAAACCACGAAGCUGCUGGAGCAGCGAUUUGACCACAUUCUCUACACGGGAAGCACCGCGGUGGGGAAGAUCGUCAUGGAAGCCGCUGCCAAGCAUUUGACCCCUGUGACCCUUGAACUGGGGGGGAAGAGCCCGUGUUACAUUGACCCAGACUGUGACCUGGACGUCGCCUGCAGACGCAUCGCCUGGGGGAAGUACAUGAACUGCGGGCAGACCUGCAUCGCCCCCGACUACGUCCUCUGCGAGCCGUCCCUCCAGGACCAGGUCGUGCAGAAGAUGAAGGAAGCCGUGCAGGAAUUUUAUGGAGAUAACGUAAAAGACUCUCCGGACUACGAAAGGAUCGUCAAUCUCCGUCAUUUCAAGAGGAUACAGAGUCUGCUCGAGGGGCAGAAGAUAGCCUUCGGUGGGGAGACGGACGAGGCCACUCGCUACAUAGCCCCGACGGUACUUACCGAUGUUGAUCCUGAAGCCAAGGUGAUGCGAGAAGAGAUUUUUGGACCCGUUCUUCCGAUAGUGCCUGUGAAGAACGCAGACGAAGCCGUAAAAUUCAUAAACGAACGCGAAAAGCCCCUGGCUUUCUACAUAUUUUCUCGUAACAAUAAGCUCAUCAAGCGGAUGAUCGAGGCAACGUCGAGCGGGGGUGUCACAGGCAACGACGUCAUCAUGCACUUCAUGCUCAGCUCCCUGCCCUUCGGAGGCGUGGGUUCCAGUGGGAUGGGAGCUUAUCACGGCAAGUACAGCUUCGAAACCUUCUCCCACCUCCGGCCCUGCCUGUUAAAAAGCUUGAAGGGGGAAGGUGCCAACAAGCUCAGGUACCCCCCCAACAGCCAGUCCAAGGUGGACUGGGCCAAGUUCUUCUUCUUGAAGCGGGUCAGCAAAGGGAGACUGGGCCUCCUCUUCCUCGCGCUGCUGGGCGUCGUGCUGGCCGUGAUCCUCAAGGCUGGAUACCGCUGAAGGAGCUGCCUGUGCUGCCGACGCCUUGUCUCUUCUAUUUUUCUAUUAAAUAGCGAAUGAACCAAUAAUUUUUAAAUCCUACCAAAAAUAGUAAGAAGAUACACAAAUGCACCGUAAUGGAACCUGAGAGUCACUGCCACUCACUGUCUUUCCAGCCAGAGCCCCACGCCCCCACCCAGGGCUAAGGGUCCUGGGAGGACCCCAUCCCGCUGGGGCCCAGGCCCUGGAGCCCUGGGCUGGGGAGCAGCACCCACUCCCCCCCUCCACCGAAGUAUCACCCGGAAACCUUCCAGAGUCAGCCCCGCCCUAGUUUCCGGGCCUUCCCAGCCUCCAUUCCAGGUUCGAGGCCCUCGAGCUAGGGUCGGGCUGGGGUCCCCGUCCCUCACCAUUGAGACUUGAAGACCAGACCUGCGGGCAUCUCCCUUUCUCAUCUCUGCUCCGUCCUGUCCUGUGCUUGGGGUGCGACGGUCCCUUGUGGCUGUCCACACUCGGUUUCCGAUGUCGCUGGAGCGUCCAGUGCGUCCUAAGGCUUCCUGGAAGACAGCGGCCAACGCGUGUACGCGGCUUUCAUCUGCCAUCCUCAGGUGGAGUUGCUGCAGAAUUUAAACCCUAACGUGCAUUUUAAUGCUGUAACAAAAGUGCUUGUACACUCUGCGAGGACAGCACGGGCCCCACGGAAGGGGACAGAAGACAGGAAACGCCGGGGUUCUUUAGCCAAAUGGAAAGUCUCAAAAAGAGCCGGGGGGGGGGUCCUGGCCACAGGCCCCACUUCCUCCACCCCCAACCCCCGCACGCACGCAUGCACGUGCUUGGCAAAAUCCACCAGUGAGUCAGUGAAUGUGACUCACUUUACAGGACGUAUAAUCCUCUCUGGGGGAUGAGUGUGUUUUGUGUCUCAUUAGGCGUCUGGAGGAUGUUGCCUCACAGGGCGAGGUGUCAAGAAUUAGUCACGAGGCUGGUUUAGGAACAAGCUGCUGAGACGGGCUCCACCUGUCAGAAGCACAAGGCGUCUCAGACAAAAUUCCACCACGGAAUGUUCAUUUGAUACAUUCGAUUGUCCAUCACUUUCUAGCUAAACGAUACUGACUUGUCUACUAGUAGAUUCUGCUUCGAAAUAAAUUUAAUGAAAUUGCCAUGAA